GAAGAUCCUGACUUGUCAAUGUUGUACGCGCGGCUGCACCCGUCAUGUUCUUACUGUCCUUAACUAUCCUAUCACUGUUACACAUCCCGUUCGUUUACUCCUCACUAUUGAACCUCAAUGACGCCAGUGUCACUAGUACACUCGAUGUCAGUGACCCUUUAUCCUGCAGUAACACCAGAUCCUCGUGGGAUAUCAUCUGGAGUUGCUCUGCAACUCUAUUCGCAUGCACAUGGACUGCGAUUCACCCAAACAUCCCAGGUAUGGACGAGGGGAGGCUCACUGUUUUUUCUCGUCGCCUAGGCAUCAUGAUGAUGGCGCUGGUCGCCCCAGAACUCAUGAUUACCUGGGCCACUCUGCAAUUUCUAAGUGCUCGUGACACUGCAAAGGCCUUCAAUGAUAGUGCACAAUUUCACCAAAUCCGCAGCGACUAUAACGAGAGCACAGUUACUGUGAUGUCAACAUGGUCUGGAACAAACAAUCCACAUCCGAGCACUCGGCAUGUUGCAACUGACGCUUUUAAAGAGUGGACAGUGACGCAUGGUUUUUUCGCAUGGAUGGGCGGAUUCAUGCUCUACUGCAAUGACAAACCGCAAACCACUCUGACACCCAAAGAGCUUAGGCAAUUUGUUGAUAAGGACUACGUGGAAAUGUCCAGCAUCGCGGAGGCAGACAUAGAAGACCGAAGUAAGGGUGAUGCAUUGUCAAAAAGCAUCGCCAUUCUUCAACUGGUGUGGUUCGUCCUCCAGCUGGUCGCCCGUUACGUUCAGAAUCUUCCGGUGACACUGCUUGAACUCGACACCCUUGCUGUGGCUGCCCUGACCAGCAUUGCCUAUGGCUUUUGGUGGAAGAAGCCUAAGGAUGUAGGACGUACCCAUGCUGUUCAUUGGAAAGACACUGCUCAGAGUCUAGCACUAGCCCACGAUAAAGUAGAUAUGUCAUCCUCUGAAUGGGGUGAUCUUUUACUCACUUGUAUCUAUCCCUGGUCCAAUCUUAUGGGUUCUGGCUCAUACAAUUCCUCGCGUGCUGGCCACUCACGUCGGGUUCCGCCUGUAGGUGGUUACGAACAUGACAAUGACCGUCAUAAUCAAAUCAUACUUUUCGUUGGAUGCUUCAGUGGGGCAGUGUUUGGAGGUUUGCAUUGUCUGGGUUGGAAUGCUUUGUUUCAGGGACACGCGGAACAGGCACUAUGGCGUGUGGCUUCCCUUGCGAUACUUUUCUCACCAGUAUUUAUUCUUCUGCUCUUCAGCUGUAACAUUUGGCUGGGUUUGAACGAACUCAUUGCAUUUUUUGCUCUAUAUCUCAGCUUUCUCGUAUAUGGUGUUGCACGCAUUACACUAAUCAUACUUAUAUCGAUAAGCUUUCGAUCGCUACCUCCUGGCGUGUACGAUACAGUAGCUUGGACCAAGUUUAUUCCACAUCUGUAGUUUCCUUUUACUGAGAUUACAUCCAGAGAACAAUUUAGGCAUGUCGAUCGCGGAUGUAACUGCUUUACAAUGAUUGUCGUUGAUUGUGAUGGUUGUAAAUGACAUCAGGUUUGAAAUUUUGAAAUAUAGUCAUGAUCAUUACGAUGCAGAAAGUAGGAUAUAUCAGGGCUUGCUAGUGAACUAUAAAGGUUUAUGUUAGGGAUAACAAAUGGCCACAGACUCUAUCAGUGCCCGUCUCGUAUAUGAUCCAUGGUAUAUGUUACCAAAAAAAAUGGUUCCUUCGUUCUACUUCAUGCUGAUGCGAGAGUCGUCGUCAAUGCCUCCUGUAUCUUCGCCUCCUCCCGCGCCCAUGAUGGAACAAUGAUCCUGUACGCAUCUCCAACGCGGCGUAUGAGAUGUCGCCCACACGGGAGACAGGCUUGAACUUUGUGAGGUCGAUGAUGCCUUUGAUUGUGAGCAUGUCUUUGCGCACAUGGAAGUACUUGACGUGCG